AUGUCUGAAUUUUGUCGAAAUCGUCCUUCAAAUGAAUGGAAAGAAAACAAGGAAGAAUACCGAUUAAUCUGGCUUGAUUCGAAUAUCGAUGAUUCGAAUGAUUCUAUUCAAACACAAAAAAUGUUAUUUAAAUUAAAUCCAACUACCGAAUUCUAUACUGAUUCUGAUCUAUAUAUCAAUGCAAUCGGUUCUAAUAACAAUGAAAAAAUCUUAUUGAUUAUUUCGGGAUCAUUAGCACGAAUUGUUCCCUCGAAAAUUUCUCGUCUACAAUCGAUUCAUCGUUUGGAAAGAAACUGUAUUACUAUUAAUGUAUGUGGUCCAAACGAGAAAUUAUUGCGUGAUCUUUCAAAAGAAUCAGCUUCAUUUUUAUGGCAUCAAAUGUUAAUUCAUGUUCUUCAACAGAUGUCUCAAGAUGAUCAAUCGAAAACAGAUAUACUCGAUCAAUGUGAACAGUAUUAUCAUUGGAAUGAAGAUGAGUUGAAGAAGAUCCAAGAAUUUCGUCAACAUUAUCGUCGUGAAAAAGCAAUUCCAUGGUAUACCAGGAAUAGUUUCGUUUAUAAAUUAUUGAAUAAAGCUCUUCGAACAGAAAAUAUCAAAUUAAUUUAUGCAUUUCGAUUUUUUAUUAUUGAUUUAUGUUUGAUUCUUGAACAGAAACAUGUUCAAUUGAAAGAUCAAAAUAGUUUUACGACAUAUCGUGGACAAACAAUUCCCAUGGAAGAAUUAGAGAAAUGGAAAAUGAAUCUUGGUCAAAUUCUAUCGAUUAAUAGUUUCUUGUCCACGUCAUGUGAUCAAACUAUUUCAAUUGGUUUUGCUUGA